AUGUGUAUUCUUCUCCUGCUGCUCGCUUUCGUGCGAGCGGACCUCUUCACAUCGAUCGCAGAUAUGCAGAAUUUACUCGAUUCGGAAAAGAACGUCCCAUUUAUGCUUUAUAAAUAUAUCGAAAGCGAGCGCCAACGGCUUGAAGAGCUUAGAGCUCUGGCAGAGGAGUACCAGAUACAAAAUGAAGAGUCUCUUGUGACCGGAAUCAAAGACAUUUCGAACCCAAUCAAUGCCUUCCUGCUCAUCAAGAGAAAGAUUUUUGACUGGAAACGUAUUGAAGAGAAAAUGUUGAAGAACAACGCUGAGUCGUUCAUCGAUCGUAUGGCGAAUGUGAACUAUGGAAUUCGUUACCCUACUGAGGAGGACUUGACAGGAGCGGCGAUUGGUCUCCUGCGACUGCAAGAUACCUAUCGACUGGACACCGGAGACCUUGCGAAUGGAAGGAUUUAUAAGGAUCAAGGAAAUUACACAUUUGAUGCUGGAGACUGCUUCGUGAUUGCUAAAGCGGCCUAUAACGAUGGUGAUUACUACCAUACGAUUUUAUGGAUGGACGAGGCGAAGAAGCGCCUUGAGCAGGAGUCCGAACCGACCGUGUUGGAAUACCUUUCGUAUUCGAUGUACAAGCAAGGGAAUUUAAAACAUGCGUUGAAGCUUAUUGAAGAGCUAUAUGAGCUCGAUCCAAGUCAUCCUCGAGCUAAAGGUAAUAUAAAAUGGUACGAAGACUUGCUUGCACAGGAGGGAGUGAAGAAAUCAGAAAUGAGAAGAUCUAUUGGUCAUCCGACAAACCGACGACCUUCAAGUUCUCUUGGCAACGAAGAGCGAACCAUCUACGAGGCGUUGUGCAGGAACGAAGUGCCAGUAAGCGAGAAGGACAUCUCCAAAUUGUACUGCUACUACAAACGAGAUCGGCCGUUCCUCGUCUAUGCUCCCAUUAAAAUCGAAAUCAAGCGGUUCAAUCCACUUGCUCUCCUUUUCAAGGAAGUGAUUAGCGACGAGGAGAUCGAAAUGAUUGAAGAACUAGCCAAACCACGGCUGGCCCGUGCUACCGUCCAUGACGCUGCUUCAGGAAAACUGGUCACUGCCAGUUACAGAAUUAGCAAGAGUGCAUGGUUGAAAGGAUGGGAACACGAAGUAGUUGAACGAAUAAACCAGCGCAUCGAUAUGAUGACGAAUCUGAACAUAGAGACGGCCGAGGAACUGCAGAUUGCCAACUAUGGCAUCGGUGGCCACUACGACCCGCAUUUCGAUCACGCAAGGAAAGAGGAGAGCAAAUCUUUCGAUUCUCUUGGAACCGGCAAUCGAAUCGCCACCGUGUUGUUUUACAUGUCACAACCUUUGUAUGGAGGCGGAACAGUAUUCACCGAUGUCAAAUCCACCGUAUUUCCUUCUAAGAACGACGCGCUGUUCUGGUACAAUCUGCACAAAUUUGGCGAUGGCGACACCAGGACGCGCCAUGCGGCCUGCCCUGUGCUUGUCGGUGUGAAAUGGGUGUCGAACAAAUGGAUUCACGAACGAGGAAAUGAAUUUCGUCGUCGAUGUGGAUUGAAGAUGAGCGAUGCUGAGAGGUUUGUCGGAGAUUUGGGCUUCGGACCAGAGCCACGAGUAGCGCCCAAUCUUAGCCCGGACCUCUCUAAGGACAUUUUUAACACCAUAUGA